CACAACUUUGUUUUUCGUGUGCGGCUAUAGUUUGUGCAGCGAUCGGAUUCGGCUUUUCCACUUAAUUGCCUUCGUACACGCGGUCCUUUAGUGAUACAGCUUCAGGAUGACCGAUGCAAACCUACCAAAUGUGUGCGGCCUGCAACUGCGGCCACUUACGAAGGAAAACAUCCUGUACUACUACUUUCCGCUGAAGGGUAUGGUCAGUUACGCUGCGCUAUCGGUCAACGUAAUGAAUCCAUCGAUUGCGAUCAAGCUGCUCCCAAAGCGAGACGUUACCAAUUUUCUGCUGAUUCAUACCGUCCUCGGUACAUCGCUGUACUUCUACAGCCGGCCACACCUGAAGGGUGUUUCGACAAACAAGCGGAUGGCCAUUAGUGUUUGCGGUUCCGUGCUGUUUAGUUUCGGAUCGGUGCUGGUUUGGGCCGUGCUUCGGUCGACAGUUCCCCGCAACCAGGGCUUAGCGACCGCGCUGGGUCUUUCGUCCGGUGUGCUGAUGGCAAAGCUGGCUUACGAUUACCUAAAGACCAACGAUAGCCAAGCGGUUGUGAAGAAAAACUAAAAGCAAUCGUCUGUAAGGCUCUUGCAACUUUAACGAGCGCAUCUUCGACAAUACGACGAUAUUGCUACGAUUGGUGCAAAGCAACUGUUUUCGCUGCGUCGAAAUAGUGGAGGGAAAUGAUUAGUUGUACCUUCGAACGUCAUGAAAUACACCAACAUCUUUUGCUGUUUCUAUUAUGUUAAA